AUGGAGUCGGUAAAACAAAGGAUUUUGACCCCAGGAAAAGAGGGGCUAAAGAAUUUUGCUGGAAAAUCCCUUGGCCAGAUCUACAGGGUGCUGGAGAAGAAGCAAGACACGGGGGAGACCAUCGAGCUGACGGAGGAUGGGAAGCCCCUGGAGGUGCCCGAGAAAAAGGCUCCACUGUGCGACUGCACCUGCUUCGGCCUGCCGCGCCGCUACAUCAUCGCCAUCAUGAGCGGCCUGGGCUUCUGCAUCUCCUUCGGCAUCCGCUGCAACCUGGGCGUGGCCAUCGUGGACAUGGUCAACAACAGCACCAUCCACCGAGGGGGCAAAGUCAUCAAGGAGAAAGCCAAAUUCAACUGGGACCCAGAAACCGUGGGGAUGAUUCACGGUUCCUUCUUUUGGGGCUACAUCAUCACCCAGAUUCCGGGCGGCUACAUCGCGUCUCGGCUGGCAGCCAACAGGGUUUUUGGAGCUGCCAUACUUCUUACCUCUACACUGAAUAUGCUAAUCCCAUCAGCAGCCAGAGUGCAUUAUGGGUGUGUCAUCUUUGUUAGGAUAUUGCAGGGACUUGUUGAGGGUGUCACCUACCCAGCAUGUCAUGGAAUAUGGAGCAAAUGGGCUCCUCCUCUGGAGAGGAGUAGAUUGGCAACCACCUCCUUUUGUGGUUCAUACGCUGGAGCUGUCAUUGCAAUGCCUUUAGCUGGCAUUCUUGUACAGUAUACUGGUUGGUCCUCAGUAUUCUAUGUCUAUGGAAGCUUUGGAAUGAUCUGGUACAUGUUUUGGCUUUUGGUGUCUUAUGAGAGUCCUGCAAAGCAUCCUACCAUUACAGAUGAAGAACGUAGGUACAUUGAAGAAAGCAUUGGAGAGAGUGCAAAUCUUUUAGGUGCAAUGGAAAAAUUCAAGACUCCAUGGAGAAAAUUUUUUACGUCUAUGCCUGUCUAUGCAAUAAUUGUGGCAAACUUCUGCAGAAGCUGGACUUUUUACUUACUGCUUAUUAGUCAGCCAGCAUAUUUUGAGGAAGUCUUUGGAUUUGAAAUCAGCAAGGUUGGCAUGUUAUCUGCUGUGCCACACUUGGUAAUGACAAUUAUCGUACCCAUUGGAGGGCAGAUUGCAGAUUUUCUAAGAAGCAAGCAAAUUCUUUCAACUACUACCGUAAGAAAGAUCAUGAAUUGUGGUGGUUUUGGCAUGGAAGCAACACUGCUUCUGGUCGUUGGCUAUUCUCAUACUAGAGGGGUUGCUAUCUCAUUCUUGGUACUUGCAGUGGGAUUCAGUGGAUUUGCUAUUUCUGGUUUCAAUGUUAACCACUUGGAUAUUGCUCCGAGAUAUGCCAGCAUCUUAAUGGGCAUUUCAAAUGGUGUUGGCACAUUGUCAGGAAUGGUUUGCCCUAUCAUUGUUGGUGCAAUGACAAAGAAUAAGUCACGUGAAGAGUGGCAGUAUGUUUUCCUGAUCGCUGCCCUGGUCCACUAUGGCGGAGUUAUAUUUUAUGCCAUAUUUGCCUCAGGAGAGAAGCAACCCUGGGCAGAUCCUGAGGAAACAAGUGAAGAAAAAUGCGGAUUUAUCCAUGAAGAUGAACUCGAUGAAGAGACAGGGGACAUUACUCAAAAUUAUAUAAAUUAUGGUACCCCCAAGUCUUACGGUGCCACCACACAGGCCAAUGGGGGUUGGCCAAAUGGUUGGGAAAAGAAAGAGGAGUUCGUACAAGAAGAAGUACAAGACUCAUACACCUACAAGAACCGAGAUGAUUAUUCAUAA